CACAGAUGUCGCUCGAGAUAUUUAUUUUUGCCGACACUACUUUGACGCUUCUACUUUGACUAUUUGCCAUCAAAUCGUACGUGUCGCAGUUUUCUUUCUCUCUUUUUUUUUUAUAGAAUUGUCAGGUUGCCGCUCGCUAGUUGUGCAUCGCAUGUGCGCGAUUAUGACUUCUACAAUAUUCAAUGCGUCCGGCAUCAUUUAAUUUUGGUUACAUUUUGGCAGUACAGAGGCUACAAAGGAUUUUUCAGAGGACUUACUCGGAGACCAAAUUUCCUCAGAUUACCACUCAUUAUACGGUGAAACCCAGAGAGACGGACUCACGAUGGAAAGAUGUGAACAUGGAGAGAUACGUGGACGAAACCGACAUUCUAAUUGUCGGUGGCGGUCCAGGGGGGUUAUCGGCAGCUAUUCAAGCCCGUAGACUGGCCGAGAAGCAUGGUAAGGAACUCAGGGUUACCCUUGUUGAAAAAGCGUCUGCAAUUGGUGGCCAUAUCCUCAGUGGUGCUUGUCUGGAUCCGAUUGCCCUGAACGAGCUCUUUCCAAAUUGGAAAGAAUUAGGUGCGCCAUUAAAUACCCCUGUUACGGAGGAUAAAUUUGCAUUUCUCACAGAAAAGAGGAGGAUAUCUAUACCUAUUUUCAAGGGAAUGCCAAUGUAUAACCAUGGAAAUUACAUAGUAAGGUUAGGCCACGUAGUGACAUGGCUUGGCGAGCAAGCAGAAGCCGCUGGUGUCGAGAUGUAUCCUGGUUACGCAGCGGCAGAAGUUUUAUAUCACGAGGAUGGAUCUGUUAAAGGAGUGGCCACAAAUGAUGUUGGUAUUGCUAAAGACGGCUCACCCAAAGACACAUUCGAACGGGGUAUGGAGCUUCAUGCGAAAUGUACAAUAUUUGCAGAAGGCUGUCACGGUCACCUGACGAAACAGUUAUCAAAGAAAUUGAAUCUUAGAAAAGAUUGUGAGCCACAGACGUACGGCCUUGGAUUGAAAGAGAUUUGGGAGAUAGAGCCAAGCAAGCAUCGACCUGGAGCAGUGGAACAUACGGUUGGCUGGCCACUUAAUAGAAAUACAUAUGGUGGAUCGUUUCUAUACCAUUUAAAUGAAGAAACACCUCUGGUAGCAGUAGGUUUUGUCGUGGGAUUGGAUUAUACUAAUCCCUAUCUAUCUCCGUUCAAAGAGUUUCAGAGGUUUAAACAGCAUUCUAGUAUUAGACCAACAUUUGAAGGAGGGAAAAGAAUAGCUUAUGGUGCUAGAGCGUUGGUAGAAGGUGGAUUUCAAUCUAUUCCAAAACUGCAGUUCCCUGGUGGUUGUCUUAUUGGAUGUACGGCAGGUUUUUUAAAUGUGCCUAAAAUUAAAGGAACUCACAAUGCUAUGAAAAGUGGCAUGUUGGCUGCAGAAAGCGUUAUUGAGGCGAUUAUAGAUGCAGAAAAUAAUACCUCAUCGACGAAAGGCUUAGAGCCGAAAACGUAUACAGAUAAAAUAAAAAAUAGCUGGAUCUAUAAGGAAUUGAAAGCCGUAAGAAAUAUGAGACCCAGCUUUCACUCUUCUCUUGGCCUUUACGGUGGUUUAAUGUACUCUGGGUUUUCUAUGUUACUGGGUGGAAAGGAGCCGUGGACUUUGUCUCACGGAGGUCCUGAUCAUAAGAAGUUGAAAUCCGCAGCUAAGUCGACGCCAAUAGAAUAUCCCAAACCAGAUAACGAGGUGUCCUUUGAUCUUCUGUCAUCAGUUGCUCUAACCGGUACCAAUCACGAAGCUGAUCAACCAGCCCAUUUAACUUUGAUGGACGAUACCGUUCCGGUAAAGAGAAAUUUGGUUGAAUUUGCUGGCCCGGAAGGUCGAUUUUGUCCCGCUGGUGUCUACGAAUUCGUGCCGUUGGAAAGCGGAGACGGCGAAAGAUUGCAGAUCAACGCGCAGAAUUGCAUUCACUGUAAAACCUGCGACAUCAAGGACCCGAGCCAGAACAUCAAUUGGGUCGUGCCGGAGGGUGGCGGCGGGCCAGCUUACAACGGCAUGUAAAAUAUAUCAAUCGAUCAACUCAUUGGCUGGUUGAUUACGUAAAUAUUUGAUGGUCCACAUUGUUUUAUCGUUCAAUAUCGGUUUUAUACGCUGAAAUAUAUGGACGUAUUGCAGCAUCGUAAUUACAUUUUUGAUGGCGGUAUAAUUAUUGAAAUUGAAAUACACUACAUGAAUGGUGUAAUUAUUUUCAAUUCGAAUGAAUCAAUACAAUUACAGAUUAAUCCCGAUAGAAAUGAGCAAUCUAUCUUUUCAUCCAUGCUUAUGUAUAUAAUUUUUCGAUCAUUGCAAUUUACAAGAUUUAUUCCUUUGUUGAGAUAAUGUUUAUUAAAACGUGUGUUGAUCAAAUUGAAAAAAAAUUACGUGAUACGUUAAUUUGAUGAAAAUCUCGAAAAUCUUUGUUUUUUCUUUCUUUACGAAAGAUUCUUAUUAUAAUAAAUAAAACAUAGGAGAGACGUUUUUGAAGCGCUUGCGUAAUAGUGCUAUUGUUACUACUUUUUGAUAGAAUUUGUAUAAAUAACAAUUUAUAUAUUAUAUUAUAUUUUUAUACAGAGAGAAUUUUGAAAUAUAUGUACAACAGUGUAUUAUUAUGGAUUGUAA